AGCAUGGAAAAAGGUUUGCGACAAGGUGAUCCCUUAGCCCCAUUCUUAUUCCUUUUGGUUGCUGAAGCACUUAACGGGUUGAUUCACAAAGCAAAGGAGUUAAAUAAGUAUAAGGGGGUGGAGGUGGGAGAGGAACGGCUGGAGGUCACACACCUCCAAUUUGCUGAUGACUCCAUUUUCUUCUGUGAUGCACUAGACUCGAAUAUUAGAGCAAUCAAAGGGAUCCUCCAAACCUUCGAGCUUGUCUCAGGACUCAAAGUGAAGUUUUUCAAAAGUGCUUUGUAUGGAAUCAAUGUAAAGGUAGAGGAUAUAAGUGAAUGGGCAGAAUCUCUAAACUGUGUGGUGGGUGCGGUGCCAUUCAAAUACCUCGGGAUAUCAGUUGGAGCUAACCCAAAGAAGCUAUCAACCUGGGCACUAUUAUUGACUGCCUGAGACAUAAAUUGUCAAACUAGAA